AUGGCUUGCCUACUCUUCUACUUCUUGUUUCUCCUGCUCCCAUUCAUCCCACAGAUCUCAUCUGAUGAUAUCCUGUCCACAUAUGUGGCCCUCAGGGAGAAUGUGGAGCUUCCAUGCCCUGAACCACCUACCUUGUAUGGAGACGAGACGCUAUCAUGGUUCCGAAGCCCCGUAUCCAGAUCCAAUACUAUCGAGGUGAUCCGUAUCUCCAUGACCAACAAGCAUGCAGAGGCUUGGAAGACAGUGAAGGAAGUCAGACUAAGUCUGCUGAGGAAUAAUUCUCUGUGGCUAGAAGAAGCUAAGGAGGAAGAUGCAGGACGAUACUGGUGUUCUGUGCUUGGCAACUAUGUCAGGUACCAGAACUGGAGGGUAUAUGAACUCUCUGUGAUCAGAGGCUCCCAGCUAUCAGCAAAGACUGCUGAGGGUUCUGUCUGCUCAAUACUGGUGUGUUCAGUGGUCUCAGCAGUGUUCCUGGACUCUGUGGUUUGGCUGGAAGGGAAGGGGAAAGUGAAGGGUAGGGUGGAGACUUUCAUGGGAAAGGAUGCUUCCCUUCUCAUGGUGUGUCCUGCAGAAGGUACAUCAGAGUCCCGGAUCCGAAGGGCCAGAAGUAUCCGUUGCACUUUCCCUCAGGACAAGGGCAUCAGUUUCAACCUGACAGCUGUGGCCUCCCCAGAUGCCCCUCCUACCCGCUGUGUGGUCUCCCCAACCUGGGAUAUCCAAAAGAUCCUGUUGCUGCUUUGUGUUCUGGGGCAGGGAGUCACCAUCUUGGCCAUGGGAAUAGUUCUCUGGAGACGCCGGAACCACAGGGCUCAGUAUGGAGAUGAUUCCACUUCUCAUUUCAAACCAGAAACCCAAGUUUAUGAAAAUAUCCACUUGGCCAUUCCCAGUCCACCUGCCCCCAGGACCAUGUGAUCUUGAUGAUGUCAUCUGCAAGGAGAAGGCAUUCGCAGGUCUCCUUGGAAACCCAGGAUGAAAUGAAGCCACUGUUACCUCAUCAAAAAAUAUCAGGGCUCAGAAGACUGUAUUAGCACUGU